AAUGAAAACAGAAACGGUUUAAAUGUAAGAUUUGAAGCGAAGACGUCUCAAAUCAAAAACAAGAUGGCGGUCUUAUUCGGGAACAGUUCCGGUUCCUUGGACACAACAGACUUGGCACUGCUGCAGGACAGCAUGAGUGUACAACUACAGAAUGAGGAAUUUUCGGACAACGAAUAUGGACUUCUCAACUUUGGCAAGCUGUACAUGCUUUUAGUGGAGUCAAACAGUACAAUGCAGGGAAAUAUCUCCUACGUGAAGGGGUUUCCUUCUCAGUAUUCAAGUCUGGAGAUAGCUGUCCUAUCUGUUAUUAUGACAGCUAUGAUGAUACUCGUCAUUGUAGGCAAUAUGUUGGUGAUUAUUGCUAUUGCAACUGAAAACAAUCUGACGAGUGUACAAAACUGGUUUAUCGCAUCAUUAGCGUUUGCGGACUUGAGUCUCGGGCUGAUCAUAAUGCCGUUCUCCCUAGCACAAGAGUUGUUGGGUUACUGGAUGUUUGGCAGCGUAUGGUGUGACAUGCAUGCAGCACUGGACGUACUGCUUAGUACAUCUUCAAUCAUGAAUCUCUGCCUGAUCAGUCUGGACAGGUACUGGAGUAUAACGCGGGCCCUGGAUUAUCUGAACAACAGAACACAACCCAGAGUUCUUGUAAUGAUAAUAACAGUUUGGCUUCUCAGUGCGUUCAUAUCUAUUCCACCACUGCUUGGAUGGAAACAGGCCCCUGAUAUCUCCUGGUUUGAUGAAUUAUAUCAAAAGAAAGAAGACCUGAACCUAACAUCUCAACAGUUUGGAGAACUUCUAGUCAGAGAGAUGAGUUAUGAUGAAUUUACUAACUUUACAAAAACGCUGGAAGAUGUCGUUUUCCCUAAAUGUCAGGUUAGUGACGAGGUAGGGUACGUGAUUUACUCAGCUCUGGGUUCCUUCUACAUCCCCUCCUGUAUCAUGGUAUUUGUGUACAUCAAGAUCUACUACGCAGCCAGAGCAAGAGCCAGAAGACAUAUCAAACCUAAGCCUAGCCCAACAAAAAUGAGUAAUCUAAAGGAGUACAGUAUGCAGUUGAGACAGGGAGAUCUCAAUCCUUGGAAACAUAAGCGUCUCGCACAGGCCAAAUCCUACCCGGGCACGGUACCACCAACUGACCCGGCUCUCAUCAACGGGAAACCAAAAAAGGUUUUGUUGGGAUUAAGCGAAGAAGAAAAGGAAUUAUGCAAAAAGAGCAUCUGCGAGUCGAUGCCUCUGAAUGGAGAUACGGAUAUAAAUGGAGUUCAUAAGGAGGGGGUGGAGGGGAAUGGACUUGGAGCAACCCCUGAAGAAGGAGCUCAGUGUGUAGGGGGAGUAAUGGUGGCAGGAGCAGAAGGAGGAGCGGAAGGAGUAAAGGGGGAAAGGAGAACUAGGUUUGAAGAAGAUGAAAAUCAGGAACGAUCCUCUUCAGAUUCCAGUUUUGACAGAUGUGGUCCAAUGAGGCCCGGCAGUAUAUUUCACAAGCUGAGGCUAGGACGAAGAUACAAACUGAGAAUUUCAAUGAAGGAUAAAAUGAGGAUUGUAACUGCUGAAGGGAGAGGGGAAGGGAAAGGAGGAGGGGACAGGGGAAGGGAAAAGAUGAGAGGACAGGGGAUGGAAGGGGAAGAUGGGUGGGGGGAGGCGAUGAUUAUUAAAGAGCGAGAUCGAAGAAAAUUGGCGAGAAAGAAGGAGCGACGUGCAACUCUGAUUUUAGGAUUGAUCAUGGGAGCGUUCAUUGCUUGCUGGCUUCCCUUCUUUAUCCUCUACCUGAUUGGUCCAGUUUGCCCAGUCUGCCAACCUGGAUUAGAAUCAAGUUGCUGCGUAGAGUCAUGGUCCUUCUCAUUUGCAUUCUGGUUGGGUUACAGCAACAGCGCACUUAAUCCAGUAAGUUUUUUUGUUAAAUAUUUCUAUCAGUCUAUUUUAUACUUAUGUUAAUCUUUAGACAUUUUGAUUUUAUAUUUUGAUAACAUUUUGAUCAAGUUUUAUAAUGCUUCAAUCAGUUUUUAAAGUAAUUCCGAA